GGUGGACAGAACUAUGAUUCUGGUUGCAACUAGCAACUUGCAAUAGUAAUUAAAAAAGAGGGAGAAAAAGAAAGCAAGAGAGAGAGAAUACAGAGAGAUCAAAUGAGGGAGUCUUCUUCUUCUUUUCCCCCUCAUAAUAAUACUUCAAAUGCUAUUCAUAAAUUCUGGAAUACAAUAAAAUGUUGUUCAUCAUCAUCAACAUCAGCUUCUUUUUUAUUUAUUUCUCUUUUCAUUUGUACACUCUUUUUUACUCAAUGGUCUCACUAUAUUUAUUUUCCUCAUUCAACUUCAACUACAAAUUCACUACAAUUCAGCAAUUGGACAACAUUAUCCAACAACAACAUUAGUCAUGACUACCCCAAAAAAGAUGGGUAUGUCCUUAACUGUUCUUCAUCAAAAGCCCUAACAAUAACAUGCCCACCAAACUACCCUCCAUCGAAUCGAAAUCAUAAAAAUUUUCCAUCAAACCAAACAUGUCCGGACUACUUCAGAUGGAUCCACGAGGACUUAAAGCCAUGGAAAAAAGAAGGAAUUACAAGAGAAAUGGUGGAAAGUUUAAAAGAAAAAGCUCAUUUUAGGUUGGUAAUAGUGAAUGGAACAGCUUAUGUUAAAGAGUAUAUGAAGGCUUACCAAACAAGAGAUGUGUUUACAUAUUGGGGUGUAUUACAGGUCUUGAAAUUGUACCCUGGUGCACUUCCUGAUCUUGAUUUAGUGUUUCAAUGUCAUGAUAAACCUUCUAUAAUGAAGAAACAGUAUAGAGGAUGGAGAGCUUUUGUGUUUGGAAGUAGAGAUCCUCCUCCACAGUUUCAUUACUGUGGUGGUGAUUCUACUUUUGAUAUUGUCUUCCCUGAUUGGUCUUUUUGGGGCUGGCCAGAAGUGAAUGUAAAGCCAUGGGUUCCCUUGGAAAAAGAUCUAGCAGAAGGUAAUACAAUGAAGAAUUGGACAUCAAGGGAGCCCUUUGCAUUUUGGAAAGGGAACUUGCGUAAUGGUCCUAGACCCAAGCUUGCCAAAUGCAAUUCUGUUAACAAAUGGAAUGCUCAAAUCAUUGACCAGGAUUGGAUCAAGGAAUCAAGAGAAGGGUUCAAGGACUCAGAUUUGUCAAAACAAUGUGUUCAUAGAUAUAAAAUUUAUAUGGAAGGAAAUGCUUGGUCAGUGAGUGAAAAGUACAUUCUAGCUUGUGAUUCCAUGAGUUUGCUUAUUGAUCCUAAAUACUAUGAUUUCUUUACAAGAAGCUUAGUUCCUAUGAAGCAUUAUUGGCCUGUUAACACUAUGCGCCUUUGCAAAUCCAUCAAUUUUGCUAUUAAUUGGGGCAAUAAUAACACGAAAAAGGCACAAGAGAUUGGAAAAGAAGGGAGCAAGUAUAUAUUUGAGCAAAUCAAGAUAGAAAAUGUAUAUGAUUACAUGUUUCAUGUAUUGAAUGAAUAUGCAAAGCUACUGAAAUAUAAGCCAACUAUACCUGAGGGAGCAGUUGAGCUUUGUUCAGACAGAUUUGCUUGCAGCCCAAUGGGCUUAGAGACAACAUAUAAGAUUGAGACCAUGGUAAAUGGGCCUUCAGAGCAAGGCCCAUGUGAACUUCCUCCAUCAUAUGAACCUUUAACACUUAAAUCUAUUCAUGAUCAAAAUGCCAAGAUCAAGGAACAAGUUUUAGCAUGGGAAAAGGAGAAUUAUGGAUGGUCAUGGUGGACUUGGUGGUAAAUCCUCACUCUCUAUAGUCUCAACCUUUGGUGCAUCAGCUACUCUCGCAAGACAUUGUCUUUAAGUGAGAUGAUAUCAAAACAAAAAGCGUAUAUCUUCAUGUUUAUAUUACUUGGGUUAUUUAAUCCAUACACUUCUCACGAUGAGACCAUGUCAUACAACAGUUUAUGUAGAUACAAUGUUUGAUUAUGACUUAGCCAUCGAAUUAGGUUACUACAUUGGUUUGAUAUGUAUAUUUGAAAAUAGAUGAGUGAAAAUAUACUUAUAGUGGCUAAAAUUCCAUAAACUAGAUGCCAUGGCUACAAUUAAAUUUAUUUUUAGUGGGCUAAUUCUUUA